AUGUUGAAGAGCAUAGGUACUGUACUCUAUCAUUACCAGGAGAUGCCAGCUCGGCACACUGAUCUUUACGACUUGUACCUUGUGUGUACAGGGCAAGCAUUGUCGGAACAUAAAACGAUUGGACGGCUUACGGACCGAUGGAAUAAUGGGAAUUCAGAAACGAACCGAUAUUUAGACCCUCCAAAGACCUUGAACAUGCAAUCGCUACCAGAUGCGCGAUCUCAGUCCUUUGAGGAGCUGUAUGGCCCGCCGGAGAACUUUCUGGAGAUUGAGGUUCGCAACCCUAUGACACAUGGCGUUGGGCGUGGCAUGUACACAACAUACGAAAUCGUAAUGCGAACGAACAUCCCCGCCUUCAAGCUCAAGUCCUCCACGGUGCGCCGUCGAUAUAACGAAUUCGAGGCUUUCCGCGACAUUCUCGAGCGAGAGUCUGCGCGCGUGACAAUACCGCCGCUGCCCGGCAAAGUCCUCACCAACCGAUUCUCCGACGAUGUGAUUGAACAUCGGCGCGAAGGACUCCAGCGCUUCCUGCAAAUUGUCGUCGGGCAUCCAUUGUUACAGACUGGCAGUAAAGUACUGGCGGCCUUUGUACAAGACCCCAACUGGGACAAGCAUGCUUGGUAG